UAUUGAAAGACAACAGAUUGGUACAGCCGCCGGCUCCAGGCACGGAUGUAAGAUGUUCCGAUUUCAUGUGCGUUUAGUACGGUGUAAUUAUAACUGAAUAGUGUCGUGACUCAGUGCUGUGUUGACGUUUUCGACUGUGUGAUAGAUAGUGCAUACAGAUCAUCAGAGUAUGGAAUCUGACAUCACGAACUAAGCGACAAAAUGCGCGCUCUGUACAAGGAAGGUUAUCUUCAGCAGUGAAAAGUUAUUUUGUGAGAGCAAUGGUUUAAUAACCAUGACGGCUCGCGAGGUUGAGUUGACGGGCGGGGCGCCUUGGGGCUUCCGCAUGCAUGGGGGUGUCGAUCAGAACCAGCCUUUGAGGAUAUCGCGGAGCUUGAGCGAUACUCCGCGGCGCACAUUUGAUGUGAACCCAGGGCGGAAAGCUUCGCUGUGCGGCGUGCGGGAAGGAGAUGUGAUCUCAUCCAUCAACGGACGAGUCACGCGCGGCAUGAGCAACGCCGACGCGCACGCCAUGCUGCGCGGGGCGGGGCCUGUGCUGCGGCUCGGGCUUAACGAGGACCGAGAGAUGUCACCUCGGCGAAGAUCAAUAAGCAAAGGCAGCGAGUUGAAAAGGCCUUCACAAUUGUUGGCAUCGACAGAAGAAGCUACGCUGCAAGAGCCAGUCUAUGCAACCAUCAAGCCUCCGAUAACUCAAACCUGGGCCCCGUCAUCGCCCCUUCGGUCGUCACUAAACUCAUUACCCUCUCUGAACUCCACCCCUCUGGUGAAAUCGGCCGCGCCCGUCGGACAGUCUCUCAAGUUCCAUCCAACCAACCCCUUUUAUACAACAUUGCCCUCGAACUAUACAAGUGCUUCCAAACUUCCUAUAUCGAAUGGAAAAUCGUCAAUAUCUACUCUAGAUAGAAAUAAAACUAACAAACCCAAUGACUGUAGUCCAGAUUUAAAAUCCCCUUUGUACUUUGCCUCAAACGAUUUUGGAUCCAGUAGUCACCUUAAUUCCUCACAUUUUACUGAAAAAAUAAAUGGGUUUGGAUUUGAUGCUAACUCCACUGCCAAUGGUAAAAGUGAUAUUUCUUAUGAUAGCGUUAAUCGAGACGAUCCAAGUCUUCCAAAUGAAAAUGAAAUGAAAAACCCAUUUAGAUCCAACCGAAUAAAUAGUGACCCGUUUGAAAAAUACUUAAAUCCAGAGCACAAAUUUAACGGAACAUUUGAAAGUGACACUAAAAAUAUGACAAAUUCCAUGAGCGAUAAUAGCUUUCAUAAGUCGAAGGAAAUAACGGAGCGUUCGACGAUUACUGAGCAUAAGAUUAGUGAAAUAGAGGAAGUGAAGACUAUAAAAAAAUUUGUACUCAACGGAUCAGGAGAGGAAAAUGAUCGAGCGACAAAAAUUUCGUAUAUUAAUGGGGAAAGAAAAAGUUUUGGUUUACCGGAAUCGCAAACAUCAAAAGAAUAUUAUCAAGGCUCCACACAACAAUCGACAAGAAACGAACAUUUCCCGACAACGCCUACUCAAAACCGAAACGAUAAUUUGAAAGCGAACAAUCAGGACGAGCAAAACUCCGCAUUUUCUAGUACUAAAUAUCACUUUGUGCAACUGAACAACGAUGUCGCUGAAGCCGAGCCGAGCGAGCCGGUGACCACCAAGCCGCCGACGCCUGCGCCGGCGCAGAGCUCCGCGAAACAGACCGUCAUGAUCGCACCGCGGUUUAAAGCGCGCUCCACGUCGCCAGCGGUGUGGAGGCCAGGCGCGCCGACGCCGCCGCCCGCGCCCGCGCCGGUAGCGCGCUCGCCGGGCGCGCCGCCGCCGCCUCCGCCCCCGCCGCCGGUGUGGACCCCGGGCAGCGCGGGUGCUUCGCCCCAAACGCCCAGGAAGUCCUUCAGGCCUGUGCACUUUGAGGAGACACCGCCUACUCGUAGGAAGUUUGGGAGUUCGGAGCAGAACGGCUGCACGAGCGGUUCGGAGAGCGAGGGCCGCCUGCGGACCAGCCACAGCGCUCCCGCCACCGGCCUCAACUCCUUGGGGAACUCUUCUAGUCGUCUUCCUCGUGCGCAGAACCCCACUGUCACUCUUCUGCAGAAAGCUAGAGAGGGCCAGCUAUCGCGAGGUUCCAGCUACCUGCAACAGGAACGAGAUAGCGCGCGUUUGCCGCGCGACAGAGUUUCUCCACCGAGGGGCGAUCCCAUUCACGCUCUACGCAGAGAAUACGCCAGUGAGGGAGAGGCGGACAGGAGCGACUACGAACGCGGUGGGCCACGUAAAAUGGCACAAGCUCAUGAAAAAGUAGAAGGAAUCGGACCUACUACCAAAGACGGCAUGCCAGUAGCACUGAGAUCUGAAGUCAAAGACCAGUCAAAAUGGUACAAGAAAAUGUACGACACCAUACACAAAAACAAAUACGACGACGAUUUUGUGACUAUUCGGUACAAAAGCCGCCGAGGUCAACCACCACAGAGGGUGACAACUAACAAGUCCCAGUAUGCAUACUUCGAUCCCCGCUCUGGCUACCUGAGUGAGCCGGAAGGGGGCCUCAGCCGACUGGGCUCCAGCACAUGGAGCGAUGCAUAUGAUAGUGAUGUCACUAAUAGCCCUCGGAGAAGGACUACCUCUGUUCAGGAAGAGAGACACCAUGAAGAAGUUACUUCGCCAUAUCUACCUAGUAAUAAGUAUAGUACCUUAGCAUCAGCGAGAGCUAGUCAAGAAGUGUACAAAAAUCAGCCCGGUAAAAUAGAAAACUAUGUUCCGGGCAGAUCUUCAGUUGUUGACAAAGAAGCUAAACAGCAAAUAUCAGCACAGAGCACGACAUCACUGCCACAAGCAUCACCAAAAGAGAAGAAAGAUAUUACGUCAGCUAUUUUAUCCAAAUCUAAUAUGGCGCGAGCCCUAAAAGAGUCAGGAUACGAGUCGGACUCGACGCUAGUGUUCCGCCGGCGCGAUGACACGGAAGGGCCGCUGUCCCCCGCGGAGCGGCGCGCUGCCUACAGGGACCUGCAGGCCGGAGGCGAGCCCCCGCUUAGAGGGUUCCGGUCGCCCGCGCCUCCUAGGACAGACGAAUCGGAAAUCGAAUACAUUCCGAUUUCUCCCACACUGACGAAGAUAAGAGUCCACAAGAAGUCUCCUCAAUUACAAGAAGUUAUAUGCUAUCCGGUCACCGGCAUUGAACGAGAGACCAAAUUUAAGAAGAAAGGACCUUCGUUCAUAAGUGUUGAUGUGCCAACUAGAAUCGCAAAUUAUCCUCCCGCGCCUCCUCGAAGGAUAUCUUCCAAAAAUAGCCGAACGUUAAGACUUGUAACAUCUACAACACCUGCGACAUCAUCAGCUCCCACGACAGUGCAUUCUCAAUCUAACGUCGACUUUCUUAAAAACAAAAUUAGCCACAAAUUAACCAGACAAAAUACGCAAAUACUUAGUAAAAGAGAACCUGAUAAUAAAACUCCCACUAAUAAAACAACACGAAGUCGAAUUAUGUCCAUGUCUGCACCACCAGCUGUCAAUAGAAAAAACACUGUUUCAGUUACAAGGAGUCUGCCUAAAAAUUUAGCAAAUCUAAUUAGAGCUACCGGGACAAGCAGCUUUGGUUCGCCAAGAAAUACUUUGUUGCCUACAGAAUACGCCAAACCGUUACAUAGCAGAUAUAGCGACUCCCAAGCAUCUGUUGUUAUCGAAGGUGGUGCCGGCAGAAGAACACCUAUUUCAAAUAUUUUAGACAAAGUAACCCCAAUAGACAAGUUAUGGAGUGCAGAAAAACGUAAUGAACGAAUCGAAAUAUCGAAAAUAAAACCAAAACCCAUAGCUAAAUCCAGUGUUAGUUCGUCUAGAUUGAGCCCUUUAAAAGCUACAUCAAGUGUAUCCAAUUUGAAGUCUAAUAAUGCAAAUUUGUCUUCGCACAGAAGUCGUGACAUGAUGCGGACUGCUGAAAAAGUGCAAAAAUAUAAGUUGUCAAAUCAAGCUAAGUCAAGCCCGUGUUUAACUACAAAACCUGAUGUUUACAGAACUUCGAAACCGCUUCAAGUGUCACCCGUUUCCAAAGCUUCUGGGGGCACAAAAAAUCAAAACCAAAUUAAAACCGCGACAGUGACUAAUUUGAGAAAGAAGAAAUCGCUAGACAGUGUAAUUUUAAGACCUCGUAGUGUCCCGUGUCAUGUGUCAUGUAGUAAGAGGUCAAAAGAAAUAAAUAAGCCAGUGAAGAAACCAUCCAAAAUUAAAAUUCCCAAAGUAAAAAGUAUUACCAAGUCGUCGGACGAUUGUGAUUCUGUUAGUCAGUUUGGGGAUACAUCUAACGACGGGUCUAAUUUCGGAUCAUUUGAAGACUUAAGAAAUAAUAAAAUAAGUGCCAAGGACAUUAAACAAACUCGUGAUGCUGUUGUAUCGGAUUCAUUUUUUCAACAUCUUUUCUUAGGGAGCACUCAUGUACCAUCAAUAUCACAGCUUUCUCCGGAAGAGAAGACGUCCGUCCUGCAAAAAGCAAAAAUGUUCCAGUCUUUCCCCCAAGACAAUUACUCCACGAAGUCAUUAAAUACAUAUUUGAUACAUAGGAAACCAGUAUCCUUAUCUCGUUUUAAAAUGUGGGAUAGGCAUCCUAGUCCUGCAACAGUUCAAGCCCCGCGCUCUAUAUCUUGGCCUGGAAGGAUGUACAAGGAAGUACGCAAGUUCGAUAGCUUGUCAAAAUGUGAAGAGUUUGGGUCAAAUUCUUCCCUUGCGACGGUCAGAAGUAGAAGUGAACCUCCAACGAACAAGUUAUAUUUCUCACAAACAUCGCGGCCUAAAUCUCCAACUGUCAUAUUUAAUAAACAUGAAAAACCAAGCAAGCCAGACAAGCCUUGUUCUACUAGAGAUUCCUUGUCGCCUUCAAAAUUAAUUUUCUCCCAAACAUCGCGGCCAGUUUCGCCUAAAGUUAUUCGUAAACAAACACAGAGUCAAAACGACCAAGAUUCUAAGGUCAAAAGGCAAUCUUUGUCACCAACAAAAAUAAUAUUCACUGAAACUUCGCGGCCAGUCUCGCCGAUUAUAACACAUAAGAAACCCAAACUAGAAAGAGAAGAAAUGCAUUUUGAAGGAAAACUGCAACCAUCGACUAUUUUCUUUUCUCAGACUUCUCGACCUGUAUCACCUAAAGUUCAGAAAAGGAAUAAUUUAACAACAUCAAGUAGAAGCCAAUCGACGUCACCAGUUUCUUUUAGAUCACCAUCGUAUAGAAGAAUACAUAAUGCACGCGUCCAAAGUGGGAAGCUAAAUGAGGAAGUGGAGCCCAAAAAAAUCAUUCGUACAAGAAGCGCAGAUGAUGCCAAGAAAAGACAGCCUGUAACUAUUAAAAUCACAAAAACCAAAAGCAACCCAAAUAUUCCUACAGAGGAUCCAGAUUAUGAUGAAUAUAUUCGUGACAUGGAAAAUUCCAAAUCUAGAUCCGAGAGAUUUAGAGAACUUAACAGAUAUUAUUCAUAUUUAGAAAGAGUUGGCGAGUUGGAAAGGGCUACAUCAACGGCUGAUUUACGCCAUAGAAAAAAAGAUGAAGAAAUUAUCGAUUUUGAUCGAUGGAAAAAAAUUAGAGCUAUAGAAAGGGCUGAAGAGGAAUUAAAUAACCUUUAUCACAAGCUAAGAAUAGCACAAACAGAAAAAGACGUUUUAUUUUAUCCCAGAGAUGUAAAGGAUUUUAGGUGGAACUAUGGCAGUGAUCGGGGACUGAGAAUUAAAGAAAAAUCUGUAGAAGAUCUCAAAGAACAAUUUCAACAAGGGAAUGAAUUUGACUCUUUAGAAUUAGAACAGUCAAAAGAUACAUACAAACCUCUUUGGAGAGGCACUAGUGUUGCUGAAACUGCUUUCAAUAUUAACAGAAAGGAUGAAAACAAAACAAAUCGGGACCCUAUUUUGUACGUAAAACCUACAGUAAUGUUGCAAGAUGCUUCAAUUACAGAACUUCGGAAAAGAAUUGGUCUCGGUAACCGUUUAUGGAGCAGUUUAUCGAUGGAACAAGUAAAUGCUUUAAAAGACCAACUGAAUGCCAUAUACAGCAAAGAACUUGAAUCUAAGUCAGCGAAAGAUAAUGAUAAAUAUUACGUAGAAGUAAAGGACACCAAAGAUGUAAAAAACGCCACUUUACAUGUAAGAAGUAAUUCUCUUAACUCUACUUGCUCAUCCCCUGUCAAAGAUAAUGAAUUAAUCAAAUCGGACUCAAUUGCGGCUAUAGCAUGUUCAGUGCCAUCAGUUAAAGAUCUUAAAAAUAAUGUUAAUAAAAUACAGAUGAGUCUUAGUGAAAACGAAAAACGAAAAAUAUCCCAAACACUGAGUAAAGAAAUCAUGAACAGAAUAAAUAAACUAGAAGGGUCAGUAACUGAAGAAAGCCCAAAAAUAACGCCCCAGCCCGAAUCUCUGGCACAAGAACAUCAACUGAUCCCUUCAAAUGCUUCAUCGACUAUAGGUGUUAGGGAUGAAAAUCAAGAAAACGAAACUAUUGAAAGUAAGCAAGCCGCCUUUCAGGUCGAACACAUUGAAACAACACACCCGUCAUCUGCAAGUGAAACCGAAACAGGUAGUUCAGAUGUUUCUAAUAAGACUGUAAUUUAUAGGGGACCCAGCAAAGAUGUUAUGAAAAAAGUGGAAUAUUUUGAAUCUGUGCAAAACACGGUCGAUCUUGCUAAAAUAAUUUACCACGCAAGAGAUAGUUCAGACGAUAAAGAAACUGUAGAUAAGUGUAUAGACAAAGUGGGAGAUCAAAAAGAGGACCCUCAAAAACCACAAAUAUUUCAAUCGCAAUCGUGCACAAAUUUUAGAGAAUUAUUCGGCGAAAGUGAAAAAAACAAAUUUAUGUCGCUUCCGCCGAAGCCCGGAAUAUUAUCGAGGUCGCCUUCACCCCAUUCGGAAGUGUACGUGACAGGCCGGCGUACACCAGACACGCUACCGUGCUCGAGCGAUGAGACGAUCUGGCGCAGUCGGAGCCCGUCGCCCGACCCGGAGCGGUAUUGGCGCGCGUACCUCAACCUGGCUCGGGCGGGAGAGGUGCGCCGCCUGGCGCGGCGCUUCGACUCGCCCACCGCAGCUGGCGCGGUGCUACGACGACACCGCAGCGACCCUGAAAUAUCACUAAAUAUCCAAAAUGACGAUAACUCCCGACGGUACAAGCAAAAAUCGGUUCUACCCGUAGCGCGAGUUCCUCUUCGACCGACAAAUCGUUACAUGCCUCAUAUUGAUAUCAUAUCAAAAUUAGCAGCUCUUCGAAGACGUGCCACACCACGCUCUAGAUCAGCCGAAGAAGCGUUAGAAUGCCGCCCCGGAGAAGUGAAUCGUAUUCGACGCCGAUUCGAAACAAUGUCACUAUUAGGACAAAUAUACGCUUCCGCUCCUGACAUGAGCGAGCUGCGAGACAUCGCGCCAUAUCUAGCCGGUCCGUGGAUAGCGCAUCGUUACCCUAAGCGUAGCGAUAAUAAUAGGUCCAUUAAAGAUACUUCUAGUUUGGUUAACGGGAGGAAAUCGCCAGUAAAAAAAGUGAUUAAGCCGCAUGCCAAAAAUCCGGUUAAAUUGAGUUCGAUAUUAAAAAGCGAUGUGUUCGCAAAACAAGAAUUUAAUGCAUCGGCACAUAGACCGGCGAGUCGCUACGAACCUCCACGGGCGCCCCCGCGACCGCCGCCUGCCUCGUGGCCCUAUCAGCUAGCGCCCUUCGUCACGCCUUUGCGUCACACGGUCACAUUUCAAGAAACCGACUCCGCUCCGGAACCACCGCGGCGUGCACCAAACGGAACCCCCUCAGAUACCGAGUCCCCGCGGCGCUACGUAGAGAGCGACGUGAACAUCCACUACAGAUGUCCCGUGCGACACGACCCGCUGCCGCUGGUGCCCGAGCGGGAGCUGGCGCGCCAGCAGGCCGAGCACAUGAAGCGGCUGUACAGGGAGCAGAGGCGGCACAAGUACUUGCAGGAGAAUGAUAUACAACCCCACGACAUUGAAAUGUUUGAUGCCUCCAUAAAGGAACUGCAAGAUAUGCAAAACAGGCGUCAUCAAGACAACUUCACACCAUCACAGAAAAGCGUUGUCCCCCUCAAUCGGUACGAUGAAGCGGAGAGAAUCGUCGCCCGCGCUCUGUACGCCUUCAACGGGCAGACGCAGCGGGAGCUGAGCUUUAGGAAAGGGGACCUCAUACACGUGAGGAGGCAGAUAGAUGCUAAUUGGUACGAGGGCGAGCUGCACGGGAGGAUAGGACUGUUCCCCUAUAAUUAUGUUGAGAUACUAAAAGGCGACGUGGCACAAUCACCAAAGAAGCCCGUCGCCCAAGAGGGCAAGGCCCGUGCCAAGUUCGAUUUCAACGCCCAGACCAACCUCGAACUUCCCUUAAAGAAAGGCGAAGUGGUCGUGCUGACGCGACGCAUCGACCACAACUGGUGGGAGGGUCGCAACGGCAACAAGACCGGCAUCUUCCCUGAUAGCUACGUGACCAUAUUGCAGGAGCCUAGUCAGAAUAAACCUGAAAUCCAAUCAAUCCCGCCGUCGGACAAGCCCGUGGCGUCCCCCGCGGCGCACGGGCUGCUGAACGGCUCGGCCAAGCGCAGCAUGGGCGCGCACAGCUACAUGCCGUCGCCCAACAACCCCAACCUCGCCAACGCGCCGCCCUCUACGCAACCGCUGCCAGGGUACACAACUAAAGCAGCGCAAGCGGCCAUGACGCCGUCGGAGCGCGGCUACGGGCCGCCCGGCGGCGCCGGCGUCGACCUCAACAACACCGAGCCGCUCUACGUCGACACCAACGCCGAGGCCGUGCCGUACCGCGCGAUGUACAAGUACCGGCCGCAGAACCCGGACGAGCUGGAGCUGAACGAGGGCGACACGGUGUACGUGCUGGAGCAGUGCGACGACGGCUGGUACGUGGGCUCCUCGCAGCGCACCGGCCGCUUCGGCACCUUCCCGGGCAACUACGUGGAGCGCAUCUGAUAGCGGGCGACGCUGCUGCGGCGCCUGCGCAGCGCCACGCUGUGCGCGCGCCGCCCGCGCCGCUGACACGCACGCGGUAUUACCACCAUUAUAACUUACAUCACGUGUCAUUACCCGCCACAGUCCCAAGGACAAGAUAUCUGCCCAAUAUAUUCGAAAUUUAAAACCUCGAAGUCGAGUUAUAGCUGGCAAAUAUCGAUCCAUGGGGCUGAUUGAUGAACUUCUGUUUUCAUGGAAUUAUGGAAGCGAAUAAAUCUUUGUAAGCUAUAAAAGUGGUAUAAUAGCUUCGAAAGCGAAAGGCGAAUUGUGAAUAUUAUAAAAGGCCUUUUUCUUUCGAAUUAUGAAGGAAACGAGUGAAACACAAUAUGACAAUAAAGUGAUUUCCCCUUAGGACUGUACCUUAUUAUAGGAUUCCGCACUCGUUUGUACUUUAAAUGCCUGUCGAGCGUGUCGGCAUCCCGUAGGGGAUGGUCCGGACGCGAUGUAAUAUAAACAUAGGGUAUACCAAAGCUGUAUAGAAAACGAUAAUCUGUAUCUGCCCGUAAAUGAUAGCUCUAUAAGGUCGAAAAGUCGAGCUAUUCGAUUGUUGAGCCAAAAACACUUGUCAAAUUGUAUGUAAAUGGCGCAUAGUAUUGGAUUAACUCUCCAGCGAGACAACGCGAUUAGGUCUUGAUAAAUGAAUUAACACAAAGAAGCCUUGUCGAAUGAAACCGCCAACAGGCGGCGGACAAACAGUUAUUUAAUUAUAAAACCGUAUUACAGAAGUGGCAUAUCUUAUAGUGUAAAGAAACCAAACUAUACCAUGACUUUUUAUAACGUUUUUGUAUAUUUAUCUGUACUGCCUGAAUCCGUAGUGUCCAGUAAUCUUGUAUGGUAAUAUUUAUCACUUUCAUGUAACUUGGCUGUUGGUAUAUACGGUGAUGUUCGACGGGUUUUGUCGAGUAGAUUAGAAUCUCAGUUCUAACUGUAAAGUGUGCUAACUCCAUGGAUGUUAAGGCUUCUGUCGUCAUUGUCUAUUUAAUUGACUAAAUCGUCAACUAACAGCCCUCAGCUAAUGUAAACUAUCCUAAGUUGUGCGUCCCAAAGAGUAUGUUAAAUGAAAACGACGUUGUAUAAUUGUGUAAAGAAAUUAAUAAAAAUACUUAUAUACUUGUAUAAUUAUUUAGCAUAGUUAUUUAUUUACGUGUAGGAGUGAAUUGAGCUUGUCUUUUAAAAGUGACAUUUUAAAAGAACGAAGCUGGGCGUUCGGUACUAAUACUUGUUACUAACAAUUUUGUACGUAUACAUAGGUACUAUACAUAUCCGCAAAAGUUAAACUUUGAAAUGACGGUAACAUGCUAACAGUAUCAAAGUUUAGACGUUUUGUGAUUAUUGGCCACAGUAAAAGCGACAAAGAUUAUCUAUGAAAUGAAGUGUAAGGUUUACCAAAUAUUAGUUACCGCAUAAAAGUUAAUCACUAAUAACUCGUAAUACUCAAAUAAACACCCAGUAAUGUAUAUAGGGCGAGGUAUAUUCGGAAACGGUUGACAAUACAAUAUUUAUAUGCUUAAUUUUUAAUUAGGAGUGUAAAAGAAUAAAAUGUACCUAACAGUGGGAUGUUACAACGACCCGCGCUGCAGGGUUGAUCGUUUUCCUUAUAGUUAUGUGUCUAUUAAGUCUAGUCAUGAAUCAAAUUUUGUAAGUAUAUUUUUACAUUGUGGCCUAAUUCAGCUUCCUUUGUGUCUUGUGUAAAGAAUAUGAUAUUACUUGUGGUACAUGUCUAGCUAACAACGCAUACUAUAUCUGUAUUAAGUUAUAUGAAUAAUAUAUAUUUUGUAAUCUUUACUCGUAAAGUUUCUAGCUAAGCUCCAAAAUGAAACCCUCUCGCCCUAUGUCAUGCUUGUUUUAUGUAGUACAUACCAAAUGCUUUCAUUUAUUUUUAACCUAUUUGUUGUAUUUACUCUUGUUAAUUUAUUUUUAAAAGCACAAAUGGUUUAUUUUGUUGUUGACACCACGACAUAAUGGUAACAGUAAUUGAUUGUUCAAAAUCAUCACUUUAAUAAAAUAAUCCUUCUAUUUAA